GGCUGGGGCUGCUUCUCCUUCGAUCAGAGCCGAGAAAGAUGUCGAUGCUGUGGGAGAAGAGCGAGACAUGGAGGUGGAUAGUGCGGAAGACUAGGGAUUCUAGGCCCUUCUUCCUUGGCUUCGCCACUAUAUGCGGCGUCGUUCCUGGUGUCAUUGGCUACUGCGUUAUGCAGGCCACCAAUACCCGAAACCCGGAGCUAGAGACCCGCCUCCGCCAGACUGCCCGGCCUGAAUCUAUCAUGAUGGGGAAAGUAAAUCAAGAGAGGUUGGCUGAAUACCUUCGGGAGCUGCAGCGGAAAGAAGAUACAAACGACCGAUAUGUUGCUGCUCUUCGGGGAGAGACAUUGACCAGGAAGCCUUAUGUGAGAAUUCAACCAGUCCCAAAGCCGAUAGACACUGUUGCUGACAAGGAACAGAAGACUGACAAGGAUAGAAAGAAGUAGAUCAUUUUGUUGUGCUUUUGAAUUUUUUGGCCAAUUGAAUUGAGGAUGUCAAUUGUAUCAAAACUAUUUAAAUCGUUGAAAUUUGUUAAAUUUAUACAAAGCAAACACAUUUCUUCAUA